CCAACCUUUUGGCUUUGCUCGAUGAAUAUUUCUUCGCAUAAAACCAGUGUCAGAGACGCGGGUAUUUUUUGAUCGAUUGACCUUUCAAGCCAGCGUCGUAGAGGGGGUGAAUGAGGGAGACGUAUGUGGUGCCGCCUCCUCCGUCCCGUGCUUCAGGCUCGCUGACUGAAGCUGCAGACGCUGCUGGGACGGCGAUGAUCAGGGCAUACCGUAUUUGGAAAGGCAGCAAUAUAUUUUUUCUUCAGGGGAGGCUUAUAUUUGGACCAGAUGUGAGAUCAGUUCUACUAACUGUGUUUCUUAUUGUAGCUCCUGUUGCUGUCUUCUGUGUCUUUGUAGCAAGAAAGCUGAUGGAUGAUUUUCAGCAUCACUUGGGAAUAUUAGUGAUGGUCAUUGUUGUUGCCUUGACAUUAUUUGAUUUAAUAGUUCUUCUAGUAACCUCAGGAAGAGACCCUGGAAUAGUACCUCGUAAUGCACACCCUCCUGAACCAGAAGUCUAUGAAGAGAGUUCUGGAGUCUGGCCUGGGCAAACGCCACCACAACGUUUGCCUCGUACGAAGGAUGUUAUUGUCAAUGGAAUAACUGUGAAGACCAAGUACUGUGAUACUUGCAUGCUUUAUCGGCCUCCUCGCUGUUCCCACUGUUCAAUUUGCAAUAACUGCGUGGAAAAGUUUGACCAUCACUGCCCCUGGGUUGGCCAGUGCAUUGGAUUGCGCAAUUAUCGGUUUUACUUCAUGUUUGUCUUCACUUCAACUCUGCUUUGCUUAUAUAUACAUGGGUUUUGCUGGGUAUAUAUCACGAGGAUCAUGGAUGGUGAGGCAACAUCGUUUUGGAAAGCAAUGAUUAAGACUCCAGCUUCCAUUGCGCUACUGAUUUACUCCUUUUUCUCCGUCUGGUUUGUUGGCGGCCUUACUGCUUUACAUUUGUAUCUCAUCAGUACAAACCAGUCUACGUACGAAAAUUUUAGAUAUCGGUAUGAUCGAGUAACCAAUCCACAUAACAAGGGAGUCAUCAAGAAUUUCAUCGAGGUAUUUUGUAGUAGUAUUCCUCCUUCUAAGAACAAUUUCAGAGGAAAGGUCCCAAAGGAGCCUGAAAUUCCACCGCGAAUGGUUGGAGGAAGUUUUGUAAGUUCAAACAGGUCGGAAACCAUUGUUGAUACAGAAACAGGGAGUAUGAGGAAGACAGUUAGGGAUGAGGCUGCAAAAGAGGUAGGUGACAAUGAAAGCCGACUGAGUGAUGAUAUUGCAGUGAACGUGGAUGUCAAAUGGACUGAUGAGUCUUCGAAUCUACCCAAAUUUCCUCCGAAAGAUGGCACACAAGGGAAUGAGGCCUCUUAUCAUCGAAUAUCUAGUUGGGGAAGGAAGAACUGGGAAGUAGCUUCUGAGAUUGGAGAUUCGAAGUGGGCAGCUGAUGGCAACAGUAGUAACUUGAGAACAGAGGAUCCACAAUCUUGUUCCUUCGAGAAACAUUAAGUUGCAAAGUACACAGAAGAAAAAAGUUAUACUCGGCAGAUGCUCAAACAAGAUAAUGAAAAGACAAUGGAUACGUUCGCAUUCACUUCGUUGGAGUUUCACGCUUUUAUCCUCUUGUCGUUCGCAUGAUUGAAUCUCUUCUGCUGUUCAUUGGAAACGAGGUUUAAUGUUCUGUUCCUCCUUUGUGAAUUUGUAUAGGUUUUCAGCUGCGGUUGUUUAAGACAUUCUGGGGUCUUUUUGGCUUGUUUCUUGUAUUUUCCUGUCAUGUUCUAUGUUUUUCCUUUUAUGUUUUCAAGUGGAAAUAGAAAACGCAUGGAAAGAAACAUACCCAAUGUUCUCAAAAGGCCAUUACUGUGCAAGAUUCUAUUCACAGUGCUCA